CCCGCGCGGACGUGGACGCGGAAGUGGGUGGCGGGGCCGGGCCCAGCCGCCCCCGCCCGGCCCGACCCGCAGCCCCUUGUUGCCGGCCCUCGGAGGAGCCCGACGACGGUGCCGGCGGCCAUGUCGCGGGGCGGCGGGAAGGGACCGAGCCUGAAGGACAAACUGGACGGCAACGAGCUGGACUUGAGCCUCUGCGACCUCAACGAGGUGCCGGUCCGGGAGCUGGCCGCUCUUCCAAAAGCUACUAUAUUGGAUUUGUCCUGUAACAACCUCAUUUCCUUGCCGUCAGACUUCUGCAGUUUGAUGCAUCUGGUGAAACUGGAUUUGAGUAAAAAUCGGCUUCAACAGCUGCCCUUGGACUUUGGCCGCCUGGUCAAUCUGCAGCACCUGGACCUUCUGAACAACCGUUUAGUCACCCUGCCAGUCAGCUUUGCACAGCUCAAGCUGGCUCUGCACCACAGCUCAGUGGAAAUUCUCUCACAUCUAUCGAAAACGUCUCUGCUCAAGCUCUCUGCUUGUCUUCCAUACCUGUUUCAUUUAUGUGGAAACCAAAACCUGAAGUGGCUGGAUCUGAAGGACAAUCCCCUGGAUCCCGUCCUGGCUAAAGUAGCAGGAGACUGUCUGGAUGAAAAGCAGUGUAAACAGGCUGCUGUCAAGGUGCUGCAGCACAUGAAAGCGAUCCAGUCUGAGCAGGAUCGACAACGGCAGCGGAAGCUCCAAGCAGAGCGAGAAAUGGAGAAGAAGCGUGAAGCAGAACAACGAGCAAAGGAGGCCCAAGAGAGGGAACUGAGGAAGCGAGAGAAGGCAGAAGAAAAGGAGCGCAGAAGGCGGGAGUAUGAUGCUCAGAAAGCUGCAAAACAGGAGAUGGAAAAGAAAACUAAAAAAGAAGCAGUGCAGGCCCGAAAGCCCGCCUCCAGUUCUCGUCCCCCUCAGCCACCCCGGCACAAGCACUCCUGGUCGCGGUCGGUGCUGCGGGUCCUGCUCUUCGUGCUGCUGUGCGUCCUCUGUACUUUGGCCGCCUGCAAGCUGACAGAGCUGCAACGCCAACCUCUGUGCGUCAGUGUGAACACUCUCUACGAGGACGUGUUAGCCGCUCUGCAAAACCACAAAACCCUGCAAAAUAUGCUACAACAGAACUCGCAGCAGUGAUUGUCCUGGAUGGGCACUUGCUUUGUCAGCAUCUCCCUCCACCAUCUACGCAGCCAGAAUUCCUAUGGAAUUGUGUUCUGAUGAAACUGCUUUUAAUCAGGCAGCAUUGGUUUGCUGGUCCACUCCACACAGAGCAGUUAUUGUUCAGAUCAUCUUUGCUGUGCAUGUUCCGCAGUUGGCCUGUAACUCCCAUUAUUUGCCCACAUUACCUUAAACUUGUUAACACCUCUUACCUCCAAGGGCUGUUUACCUAGAUUGCGAGACACAGAAAGCUGCCAAUCUAUAGGGGUGGGAAAAACCAGCCCUUGCAUAGCUAUAGCUCUGUCCUGGAGGUAGAAGGUUUUUAAUACAUAUCCAUUCCUUGCUGUCAUUUCUAUUUGUGCUGAAAUUGGUGAUAUGGCUGUAUGGGAAUAAUACAUUAAGGCCCACUCCAGGACCAAUUACAAGUGUGUAGGAUGGCUGUGCAUCCAUAUGUUGGAGCGAAGAAGCUGAUGUACUAUUGAAAAGAGCUGAAAAUUUUCAAUACAACAGUUUUCACAGCAA